GCAGCGUUUAUCUACAGCGUAAACACAUGUUUACUCCGGCACAGGUCGAUCAGCUUUUCGCGAGCACCGCCCUCACCCUCCGGCGGUCUCAGGUGCUCUUCGACGAGCGGCGCACAAGCGUCGUGAGCACGGCCACGCUGCCCUCCACCUUCUGCCAGUCGACGGUGUCCGCCGCCUCUACGGCAGUUGGCGCCGCGGCGGCCUCUGCCCACAGCACCAGCAGCAGCAGCAGCAGCUUUGCGGAGACGGUGCGCUCCCUGCAGUCUCUCGGCCAAUUUCGUGCCUUCGUGGAGGCCAUCGCCGCAAUGCAGACAAAGGUGGAAAACGAGCUGCACACGCCCUCCACCGCGCUUCACCAACGCCGAAGUAAGGGACACGAUUUUGCUCUGCUGCAAAGCGUCACGCGGGGUCUGCGGGGGGCGACGGCGGCGCUGCGGAGCACGUCUCCUGUUACGGCUGCCCUGUGGAGUGGCGGGGCAGCCUCCGACGAGAGCGAAGAAGCACUGGACGAGGUGCAGUCCUCUUCUGUGACUUCCGCAGCAACAUCGAGCAGCGCGGUGGGCGGGCUCCUUAGUGGGCGCCAUCCAAACGUGCUCAGUAGCGGGGCGCAGGUGACCGCAACGCUGCUCUUUGGUGCCCUCUGCGUGGAUGUGGCUUUGGCUGCUCCCCGAGCCGCCCCCGCCAUUGCCGCUGACCUGCUGCGUGUCUUCGCAAGUGAACCGCACGCCCCCGAUGCAUCCAGCAAGGAGAGCGGCCCCGACAGCGCGGAUGCUGGUGUCAUCACCAUAACGGAGUGGUCGAGGGAGGGAAGUCUGCGGCUGCGUACGCUGCUGCAGGACGUAGCGGCGCUGCUUCCGAAAGGCGUCAUGGGCCGCUUUGUUCGGCGUGUGGCGGACCUCCUCCUACAGCCCUCGUCCCUUGCACUCCUCCCACGCGGCGGGCCCUCCCAUUUGGGGUGUCGUCAGCUGAGUGGCGGCCAGUUCCUCCUGCCUCUCUUCGACAGCUACGUGUUAGAGCACUACCCGUCGACGUUGGCGUCACGGUGGUUUCUGCGGCCGCUGCAGACCACCGCCCAGCACCUCCGUGCGGACUACUACCGAAGCACGCCGCAGUUCUCCCUGCAGUGUCGCUGGCUGCUGGGCCUUGUCUUUGUGCUCGUGCGGGCGUAUCAGGCGGCGGCGGCGGUCGAGGCGUCCUCCUCCGCCGCAGGGCGUCCGCUGCGCACCAUAAUUCGCGUGUACGAUGCGUGGCUGAUGCCGCUGGAGAAGACGUUCGGGCACGACGCGGCCCGACACGGCAUGUCCACCGCCUUCUUCGAAAACCUGGUCUUGCCGCACUCGUUGCUGGUGCGGCAGCUACGGUCCUGCAAAGAAGGCCCGCGCUCACCCGACACCGGGGGCGGCGACACGGCGGGUGGGGCUCGUGCGUGGUCCAGCCUCCUGCACACUGCGCACUAUCGUCUGCUGAUGGUGGCGGAGAAGCUAGCGCGGUCGGAGGUGGCGCAGGUGAACGGCACGAGCAGCACCGCGUCCAGGCAGCGCACAUACGAGACGCUGCUGCGGCAGAACGGUGGCAAAGUCAGCGUGCCCCUUCUUCAAACAUUGGCGGAGGACAGGCAGCUCGUGUUGGAGGCGACACCCUCGCGCUCGCCGGACGGCCACCGACUGUACCGGCUGCACGACGGGAUGCCGGUCAGCGCAGGGGGCGCGGCAAAGGCGGUCUUCGUGUACGUGGAUGACGGGGCGCUCUUCACCAAGGUCGGGCGCUCGCGCGUGUUUCAGCGAGUGAAGAGCGUCGAGGACAUUUUUCGGUCUUUGCCAUGA